AUGUCUACGAAAAACGUUCUCGUCAAGUUGAUUGUUGGUGCGGGCCAGGCUGCCCCUGCUCCUCCAGUCGGACCUGCUUUGGGAUCCAAGGGUGUCAAAGCGAUCGAUUUUUGCAAAGAAUUCAACGCUAGAACGGCGCAUUUCCAACCAGGUACGCCCAUCCCGGUUCUUUUAACUGUCAAGCCUGACAGGUCUUUCACAUUCGAGAUGAAGCUGCCCCCAACGUCAUGGCUCAUCAUGAAAGCCGCCAAUGUUUCUAAAGGUAGCGACAAACCCACACACAAUAUGGUGGGAAAAAUCUCGUUGAAGCACGUUUAUGAAAUCGCCAAAAUCAAGAAAACCGACGAGAGACACAAGAAUGUGGACUUGCAGUCGAUCUGCGGUGCCAUCAUUCUGACAGCAGACGCCGUGGGUGUUGAAGUUGUCCCAUAG